AGAAUGGAACCGGGGUUUUUAUAAUCCAAAACUUGAAUAAAACACCAGACUAGUGAAAAUGAAGGUUUCCAGGUCUCUGAUCUUUUUUAUGAGUUUCUUCCUUCCAGAGUUUAUUGUUCAGACUCUGAAAACAGAAACCUGGAGGUUUCCAAAAAACAUCAGAUCUCUCAACCCUGGGCUUGAGUCCCAAAACUUCCAAGAUCCAAAAAUUCCUAAUUUCAACGAGGAUAUUUCUGAGAACAACAAGAAGAGUUUACGAAGCCCUAAGAGGAAAACUGUUAGGAGAAUAAGCUUUCCUGAGGAAAAAAGAGCUGACACUGGUUGGCGUUGGGGUAAAAGUAUUUCCAAUACUUUACUUUCCAAUACUUUACAGGAUCUUGAUAUAUUAGUAUCAAAUGUAUUUAUGGGGUUUCUGAAACCCUUGAGUAAAGAAGAGGUGGCGCACAAGAGAGGAAUUCGAUUUCCAGAUCCAGGUGCUUUCGGAAAGAAAAGUUUCAGCAAGCUUCAUCUUCCUAGAAAACAGGGAAACAUUAAGGUUCUUGGAUACAGAAACGAGGACUAUUUAGAACCUCCAGGAUAUUCUGAGAGCGGAAACCAGUAUCCGACUCCAAGUUUUAGUGAAGUAAACAAAAACCUGCAGUACAACGAGGAACCCCAGCAUCAGUUACUGACUGUUCCUGAAAUAUUACACUAUUAUACCCUGGAAGAUGCAAUUUUACCUUCAGAUCUAACUAAUCAACCAUCAUUCCAACCUAGUUAUACAGCAAAUCAUGAUAUCUACACUGCAAAUCAGGAUAGCUACACUGCAAAUCAGGAUAGCUACACUGCAAAUCAGGAUAGCUACACGACAAAUCUUGAUAGUUACGCAACAAAUCUUGAUACCUACACAUCAAACCUUGAUAGCUACACAUCUAACCUUGAUAGCUCCACAUCAAACCUCGAUAGCUCCACAUCAAACCUUGAUAGCUACACAUCAAAUGAUCAUAGUUACACAACAAACGCACACUACGACUCUGAGGCUAAUUCCCUUACUAACGAUGCAAGUUACCAAACAAUUGUUUCAAGUUACCCUAAAGAUGAAGAAAAAUUACCUCCUAUAACUAUAGUUUACCCUGAAAAGGUUGAGGAAUAUGGCCAAGAUUACUUAGCAACUGGUUCCAGCUUUUUUAAGAAUGGUAUUUCAAAUAAUAAUCCUUCAACAGUUACAAGUUUUCCUGCAGCAAAUGAUGUCAGUUUGACUAACUCUGCUAGCUAUCUACCGGAGGAUGCCAGUAACUUUGAUCUCAUUCGGUCAAAAGUUCAGCCCGAGAACCAAAGUGAAGGACAACAUGAGGAAGUGCUUGAUUUCAACCAGAAGAACACCGAGAACGUCUACAACCCAACAGGGGACAACUACAACAUUGUGUUUAUCGACAUCAGCAACAACAUCAAAAGUGAGUCCUUGCUGAAGAAAGAAUGGAGGGAAGGAAGAAUAGAAUCAGAAAAGGGUUCUAAAGGUCUACAGAGUCUACAAGUUUACGAAGUAGAUACCUAUGGCAGUCCUAUUGGCGAUAUCAUUACAAGCUUUACUCCAGACCAAGAAAGUAAAGAACCUUUCAGUAUUCAACCUGCAUCUGGAAGUCAGCCCAUAUCUAGUAUUCAGACGGUAUCCAGUAGUCAGCCUGUAUCUAGUAUUCAACCUCCAUCUGGAAUAUUCAGUUCAUCUAAUUUACCAGUCGAGAUACCCUCCUCAUCAUCUUUUUCCUCCAGUCCUUCAGCUGCAAUAUCCAGUAUACCUUCUUCAAUAGCCAACAUUGCUCCUUCAAUAUCCAACAUUGCUCCAUCAAUAUCCAACAAUCCCUUUUCUAUAUCCAAUACCCAUCCAUAUCCUUCAAGUAACCUAGUGUUUCCUUCUUUGCAUCCGGAAAUGAGUGUUUCCGAAAAUUUUCCAGUUUUUGAUGAAUUUUUCACCCCUGAAUUAAUAAAUAUCCUCCCUGGCGCUCAGGGGUUUACUACUCCGGUUCCCGAGGGGGAAGAGUACACCCCGUUCAAGUUCCCUGAAGUAACAACAUACACCCCUGAGGAAACUGUUCCUUCAACACAGAGCAUUGUUUUCCCAGAGAAUCCUGGAAACCAGGAGAGCCUUGAACAUUAUCCUGAAGAUGACGAAUUACUGGCUGUUAAAGGAGAGAAGCUUAAAACUGUUAUCGGGAACAGUAUAUUUUAUGGAGACACGUAUAGCUUUAUCAAUAAAAACUGAAAAAGGGGGUGGGGUGUACCAGCAGUGAGAGAGAACAAUUUGUGUAAAAAAAUAAUCUAAUUUUUUCCUGUGCUUGGAAACUGCAAACAAUAUAUUUAGAGAAGUCCAAUCUAGUCUUGUUAGAAAUGAUGAAUCUGCAGGGGCGGAUACAGGAACACACCAGGGGUCACCCAACUCAGACAUUUUCUCUCCAUUUUUCGUAGAUUUUCCGGGGGUGAGCUAUUACUUCAAUGCUCACCCCUGUAUCCGCCCCCUGACCAAUAAGUAAAGAAUACAAAACUGUAAAAACUGUAUUUUUAUGACGUAGUAAAUACCGUGUUUUGUUAUUUUAGUAAUUUUAAUUAAAAUUGUUGAAACUUGUUAUUUAAUUUCUUGUUAAUUUCAUUCAAAAGUUCUUGAUUCAGUAUUAUCUAUUAUAACCUGUGAUAAAAAUCAGAUAAUUAUUUAUAACUAU